CGAAGACUGCGCCGUGUACGUCGACAAGCAUGGCGAGGUCAGCAGGACUCUCAUCAUGGAAUACACGGGCAAGCAGAAGAAGGCCAAGGGAGCGACCAUGUACGGACAGUACCUCAUCCUGUAUAACGAGGACUAUGUCGAAGUCCGGAAUGCCGACAACGGGCGACUUCGACAGAUCAUUGCUGGACGGGACGUGCGGAUCAUAGACUUUGGGGUUCGAGGACCGACGGGAGACAACGCGGCCCAGGCCGCACAGGUGUAUGGACACAAUGGUGGACUGUCGACAGCAGGUGACAUUUCUAAGGGGACUGUCAAGAUUGCCAUGUCACACCCAGAGUUGCCAGGAAGACAGAUCAUACUGGAGAUGCUUCUCAACGACGGGCAUACAGACUAA